AUGAUUGUGCUGGCUUCAGAGCCUGCACCAGAGGCCGAAGGGGCAGCCUCCGCGCCACCGCCCACUCCAAAGCCUGUUCCAGAGGCCGAGGGGGCGGCCUCUGCACCACCGCCCACUCCAGAGCCUGUUCCAGAGGCCGACGGGGCGGACUCCGUGCCACUGCCCACUCCAGGACCUGUUCCAGAGGCCGACGGGGCAGCCUCCGCGCCACUGCCCACUCCAAAGCCUGUUCCAGAGGCUGACAGGGCAGUCUCCGCACCACCACCCACUCCAGAGCCUGUUCCAGAGGCCAAGGGGGCAGCCUCCGCGCCACCGCCCACUCCAGAGCCUGUUCCAGAGGCCGACGGGGCGGCCUCCGCGCCACUGCCCACUCCAGGACCUGUUCCAGAGGCCGAUGGGGCAGCCUCCACGCCACUGCCCACUCCAAAGCCUGUUCCAGAGGCCGAUGGGGCAGCCUCCACGCCACUGCCCACUCCAGAGCCUGUUCCAGAGGCCGACAGGGUGGCCUCCACACCACUGCCCACUCCAGAGCCUGUUCCAGAGGCCGAGGGGGCGGCCUCCGUGCCACUGCCCACUCCAGAGCCUGUUCCAGAGGCCGAGGGGGCGGCCUCCGCACCACUGCCCACUCCAGGACCUGUUCCAGAGGCUCACGGGGCAGCCUCCGCACCACUGCCCACUCCAAAGCCUGUUCCAGAGGCUGACAUGGUGGCCUCUGCUCCACUGCUCGCUACUGCUAGGUACUGA